UCUCAUCCCCAUUAAAAACGAAAGAAGCUUUGAAACAUCUCACCAGCUUUUGAUUUCCAACUACACACUUGCCCUGCUUCUAUCUUCCUCCCAGGAACCAGACUGCCAAAGUCCUUGAGCCUUUGGAGGAGCAUGCAUGCAGUUACCCUAAAAAAACAGAUCAUGCUCCAUAUGAUUGCCACAAGUCCUUAUAAAAGGGUAGCUAGCCACCAAUAACUUGUCUCUGCAGCUAGGCCCUCUUCUCAUCUCAUCUCUCCCACUUCUCCUUCCUCCUAAAUCCUAAUCCCCUACACACACAGUACACUCCAGCACUCUGAGCUACUAGUAGUAGUACUUGUGCAUGGUCAUAUCCAAAUCCAUCUAUCUAUAAGGGAGCUAGCUAGCUGUGCCCUCCGAGGGGUUCAUCGAUCAUACUCAUAUAUAGUAGCUACGAGGUAACCAACAAUGUCACGGAGGAAAGGAGCAGCAGCAGCAGGAGGAGGAGGAGCUGGGCCCAUGGAGAUGGCGGCCAUGGAGGAGGAAGCUGCCGAGCUGAGGAGAGGCCCCUGGACGCUGGAGGAGGAUAACCUCCUCAUGAGCUACAUUGCUUGCCACGGCGAGGGCCGCUGGAACCUCCUCGCCCGCUGCUCUGGGUUGAAGAGGACGGGGAAGAGCUGCCGCCUCCGGUGGCUGAACUACCUGAAGCCUGACAUAAAGCGGGGGAACCUGACGGCGGAGGAGCAGCUGGUCAUCCUGGAGCUCCACGCCAAGUGGGGCAACCGGUGGUCGCGGAUCGCGCAGCACCUCCCCGGCCGCACCGACAACGAGAUCAAGAACUACUGGCGGACCAGGGUGCAGAAGCAGGCGAGGCAGCUCAAGGUGGACGCCAACUCCGCCGUCUUCCGCGACGCCGUCCGCUGCUACUGGAUGCCGCGCCUCCUCGACAAGAUGUCCAUGGCCGCUGCUUCCACGGCCGCGCCGCCGCCGUUGAUGGAGCAGCACGGCCACGGCGUCGUGACCUCCUCGCAGUCGGCCGCAAUCGGCAGCGACCAGCUCUGCUGCUACCCUCCCGCCGGCUUCGACCCGAGCCCGAGCGCGUCCACGUCGGGAUCGACGGCGGCAGCCGCGCUGCAACCGGCGCCGGUGCCCUGCUUCUCCGAACUCAACUGGGAGGACCAGUACUGCUACCCGAGCGGAGGCGACCUCGACGGUGGCGCCGGUGGGAUGGAGCUGGACUCGGCGGCGCUGCUGGGAAGCCUCGGCCUCGACGGGCUGGACCUAGGGCCGGCAGAGUCGUACCUCCCGGACGCUACGCUCCUCGACUACCUCAACUACUCGAGCUGCACCGCCAACGCCAUGAACAUGAUGGUGAUGAACGGCGGCAACUACAACAACAGCUACUGUGGCGGUGACGCCAUGGUGGACGGCGAUCACCACGACCCGACGACGGCGACGACGUGCCACGCGGCGAGGAAGCUGGCAGGCGAGUGGGGAGGAGGAAUCUAGAAAAUUCUAGCUAGCUAGCUAGUGAUUAAUUAAGCUAAAAUUAAACCCAGCCAAGUGGAUGGAUGGGUGGCACUCUCCUACUCCUAGCUAGCUACGUUGCUUCUUGCAACGUCUCUCUAGCUAUAUUAAAGCCAGAUGUCACAUUGGCUAA